GUUUGUAUUUGACAGUUGGUCCGCCGUACAUGUCUGCCGACUUUCUAGUUAUACGGGGAUGUUACGGCAGCGCCCCAACUGCUUGUUCUCCGGAAGUGAUAUCAGGAAUUACCGCAACAACGCCCUCCCCGGAUGUGACCACAGACAACACCAUCACUACAAAAUCCCCGGAUGUGACAACAGACAACACCAUCACUACAAAAUCCCCGGAUGUGACUACAGACAACACCGUCACUACAAAAUCCCCGGAUGUGACCACUGACAACACCAUCACUACAAAAUCCCCGGAUGUGACCACGGACAACACCAUCACUACAAAAUACCCGGAUGUGACAACAGACAACACCAUCACUACAAAAUCCCCGGAUAUGACCACUGACAACACCAUCACUACAAAAUCCCCGGAUGUUACCAUAGACAACAAGGUCACUACAAAAUCCCCUGAUGUGACCACAGACAACACCAUCACUACAAAAUCCCCGGAUGUGACAACAGACAACACCAUCACUACAAAAUCCCCGGAUGUUACCACAGACAACAAUGUCACUACAAAAUCCCCGGAUGUGACCACGGACAACACUGUCACUACAAAAUCCCCCGAUGUGACCACAGACAACACCAUCACUACAAAAUCCCCGGAUGUGACAACAAACAACACCAUUACUACAAAAUCCCCGGAUAUGACCACAGACAACACGGUCACUACAAAAUCCCCGGAUGUGACCACGGACAACACCGUCACUACAAAAUCCCCCGAUGUGACCACAGACAACACCAUCACUACAAAAUCCCCGGAUGUGACCACUGACAACACCAUCACUACAAAAUCCCCGGAUGUGACCACAGACAACACGGUCACUACAAAAUCCCCGGAUGUGACCACAGACAACACUAACACUACAAAAUCCCCGGAUGUGACCACAGACAACACCAUCACUACAAAAUCCCCGGAUGUGACCACUGACAACACCAUCACUACAAAAUCCCCGGAUGUGACCACAGACAACACGGUCACUACAAAAUCCCUGGAUGUGACCACAGACAACGCCAUCACUACAAAAUCCCCGGAUGUUACCACAGACAACAAGGUCAUUACAAAAUCCCCGGAUAUGACCACGGACAACACCGUCACUACAAAAUCCCCGGAUGUGACCACGGACAACACGGUUACUACAAAAUCCCCGGAAGUGACCACAGACAACACCAUCACUACAAAAUCCCCGGAUGUGACCACGGACAACACCGUCACUACAAAAUCCCCGGAUGUGACCACGGACAACACGGUUACUACAAAAUCCCCGGAAGUGACCACAGACAACACCAUCACUACAAAAUCCCCGGAUGUGACCACGGACAACAUCAUUAGUACACCAGAUUUACCAACUACUGACAAAACCAGAUGUUGUAAUUGCACGAAUAGCGUGCUUAUUUGGGGGAACGCUAUGGACUCUUUGGAUCCCGGAGACACGGCUAAAAUAAAGGAACUUCUUGAAAUGUUGAAUAAAUUGAGGUCUCAAUUGGCUGUCAACAAGACAUCUCCGACGUCAUACCGGAUUACAAAGGUGAGCGCUAUGGAUAUGAGGGCGUCUGCGACUAGCAUUGGCUGUCUUGGAGUGGUCGCCAUUAUUGGGACUGUCUUGGCCAUCGUGUCCAUGGAUGUCAUAUUUUUUGUCACGUCGAAACGGUGAGAUGAUAAAACGAUGAACAGUUUAUCAAGUCACAAGCCAAGGCUAUUUUUUUUUUAAAUUUCUAUGUACAUUCUACAGGCGUCUGCUUCUUGUGUUGAUUCUAUUAACUCUUUCAAUCCUAAGAAACUUAAGUGGAUUCGUUCAUACAAUCAUCAUUUGAAGUCCAAUAUGGUCAGUAGGGGUGAAAGGGUUAAUACUAACCGGAAGCAGACGCCUGUGUAUUUUCCCUUAUGUGAAGGAAUGGUAAAGCCGAGCCAUAUUUGAAAAAAAAGUGUGUUGUCGUCAUGAACUGAUUAUCAAACUUCUCUUGUUUGCCUCGAAGUGAAUGGUUUCUCUGUAAAGAGCGUCCGAUAUUACGUCCGGCCAUUAUUUUACCAAUAUUUUUCGGUAUUGAUUGAUAAAUAAUUUAUCUGGCACCAGAUUUAUAAACCAAUUCAUCAAUUUUAUCACUUGAGUUUUUUUUUCAUAUGCCAUAAUCUGGUGUCGAUUUAUAUCAAGCAAAUAAAAUAUAUGCGUUAAUUAAAUUUCUGUAUAAUAAGAAUAAUAGAUUCGAAAAAAUAGCCAGGUAAAUAUUUUCCUCUGAUUGACAAAAAGAAAGAAAACACAAACCUACACCAAAAAUCGAGUUUAUGGCAAAUUUAUAUAUCAUGUUGUUGUUCUUUGUAAAGUACAGUCCUCAAUUUCAUCACAGGCGUCUGCUUCUGGUUAGUAUUAAUAGAAAAAAAUAUUAGCCCCUACUUCUACUAGAGGCUAGCUUUUUUUUCUUUAAACUUAAGAAAUCCCUUAACUUGGAAUUGUCUACUAGAGAGCCUUAUUGGGUUAAAAGGGGAAACAAAUACUUAGUUACGAAUCAUUACGAAAAAAUUCAAGUUCAAGAAUGUUGAAACUGAGCCCAAGUCUUGUUAAGUAAAUUUCAUAUGCGUGUCUUGAAAAGGGGUUGGUUACGUCCUUGCUGUCGUUAUUACGUCAUUGACCAGAGGAAGUACGUCUGUCAGUCUGUAGACGGACGUUUUUCCAAAUUAGUACUUUUUAGACUUUUAAAUCCUUCCUCGAUUCUUUACUAUGAUAUUAUACACCUGCAGUACCUAAACUUGUACUACAGUAGUCACACUUGCGACUUAUCUAGUUUUCUCCCUUCGAUAAUCUCCAUUGGUGUAAUACUCACUUUAGGUCUAGAAUAGGUUUUAGACAACACGCGCUCUCGUUCGCAUCUUUUCUUUUCUAUUUUUACUAAGUAUUGGUGGUCUACAUGGCAAAUAGUCAGUAAAUGAGCUUGAA